AUGGAGGGAACAAAUCUUCGGAGUUCCACUUACAAAGAGCUAGAAGAAGCCAUCAAUGGAUUCAGAGAUGGACAGGGGAGGGGUGGGCUUUUGCAACAGUUUACAAAGGGGGCUCCACCCCAUGAUGAUGGAAUCAAUUUGAUUGCAGCGAAAAAGCUAGAGAGGAUGGAGAAUGAAGGAGACAAGGAAUUUGGGGCAGAAGUGAGAGCAAUUGGCUGGACAAAACGCAAGAGCCUAGUCCAACUCCUAGGGUUCUACAAUGAGGGGCAACAUCGACUUCUAGUAUACGAGUUCAUGGGCAAUGGUUCUUUGGAAAAUUUCCUAUUUGGAAAUUCAAGGCUAGAUUGGUGUAAAAGAACACAGAUGAUCCUAGGAACUGUAGGAGGGCUCUUGUACUUGCAUGAGGAGUGCAGAACCCAGAUCAUACACUGUGACAUCAAGCCUCAAAACAUACUUUUAGAUGACUUCUUAACAGCAAGGAUUCCAUAUUUUGGGCUAGCCAAGAUUUUGAAGACAGAUCAGACGUGA